CUUUCUCGUUUCCCUCCACCCAUCUCUUGGUUUCGCAAACUCAAACACCCCAUUGACACUUGGCUUUCAACUCCCUUUCUGACCCCGACCGACACAGAGACAGUACAUCUGCAUUCAUGCACACCGUACGGAGGCAGGCGCAUCGCGUUGCCUCGCAACAUGGCAGCAAUGGAACUAAUAAUUACAACCCAUUCGCUCGACAGCGCUCUCGAGAUUCCCAGUAUGAUGUGGAAAACAUAAUGCACAGAUCACGAUCCGAGGCAAAUGCAACAUCGGGAUUUGAAGAGCAGAGGCGCCUCGAGACCAUGCAAUCAGAGAAAGAGUUUGGAAUGCCAGACCACCACAACACCGAGCCCGCCCCUUCAUCACCAACACAUGCGACUGCUUCAACUGCCGUUCCAAAUCCUUCGCUUGACAAGGAUGGCGCAAUUGAAUCAGACACCGCGCACAAGGCUUCUGUGGAUAGCACUCUUGCGCCCUCCAACCAGGAGCAAAACGUCAGCCCUACCCGCAGAGCAAAGUUCAAGGGCAUAUUCAGGAAAGAACACGAAGACCAAGAUCAUACCGGCUUGGACGUCCCUGAAGGAGAUGAACUAUCCUUGGAAGAACGCAAGAAGAAGGCUUUCAAGAGGAAGAUACCCAUCGGCGCCCAGAUCCGCUUUGUCUUGUUCGGUGCCUGGAUCAAUGUCCUUCUCAUCAUGGUACCCGUCGGUUUUGCCGUGUACUACGCUAGACUCAAACCUGUGCCCGUUUUCAUCAUCAACUUCAUUGCUAUUAUCCCACUCGCCGCCAUGCUGAGCAAUGCCACCGAAGAACUGGCCAUUCGGGUCGGAGAAACUCUUGGAGGUCUUCUCAAUGCCACUUUUGGAAAUGCUGUCGAACUCAUCGUGUCCGUCCAAGCCUUGCUCAAGAACGAAAUCACCAUUGUCAAAACCUCGCUUAUCGGCAGUAUGUUGUCCAACCUGCUGCUUGUCUUGGGAAUGUCCUUCUUUCUCGGAGGUAUCAACCGCUUGGAACAGUUCUUCAACGUGACUGUGGCUCAGACAGCAGCAUCGCUACUUGCUCUCUGUAUCGCAUCCCUCAUCAUUCCGACCGUGUUUCACAACACAAUUGCCGAAGAUGACGCAGUUGCACACAACGGCCGCGAAGAUGCUGUCAGGAACCAGGAGCUAUCUCACGGAACUGCCGUCAUUCUUCUCCUCGUCUACGCUUGCUACCUCGCUUUCCAGCUGAAGACACACUCCACUAUGUACAGUGAGCCCAGUCAAAAAGUGCCCAAGCGCAAGUCCGGCAAGAAGGAAGAAGGCGAUGCAUCGCGCGGCAUUGCAGCCAUUGGCGCUGGUACUGCCGCAGCGUCUGGAGGCGGUGUCAACAUGACCACACUUUUCAAGAACCCAAACUCUGAGGAGGAAGACGAAGACGAAUUCGAAGAGCCAUCGCUUUCUGUCAUUGGCGCUCUCAUUACUCUCGCCAUCUCUACUACCCUCGUUGCUUUCUGUUCGGAAUUCAUGGUCUCCAGUAUCGAUGGUCUUACUGCUACUGGUCAUGUCUCUACCACUUUCGUUGGUCUUAUCCUACUUCCCAUUGUAGGUAACGCCGCAGAGCACGCCACCGCCGUCACUGUCGCCAUCAAGGAUAAGAUGGAUCUCUCCAUUGGUGUUGCUGUCGGUUCCAGUAUGCAGAUUGCGCUUCUUGUUUUCCCUCUGAUCGUCAUUCUCGGAUGGAUCUUGGGCAAGGACUGUAUGACCCUUUACUUCGACACUUUUCAAAUCGCUACUUUGUUCGUCUCGGUAUUGCUUGUAAACUACCUCAUUCAAGACGGAAAGUCACAUUGGCUCGAAGGCAUUCUACUCAUGGCGAGUUAUGUCAUUAUUGCUCUUGCAGCUUGGUUCUACCCCAACCUUGAUGAGGAGAAGUGCUAGAUCCUUUCUGUUUAAUACUUUUGAGCCUUUGCCUUCUUCGUCAUAUACAUACUAGGUGGGAGUUCAAUUAAAGGUGGCGGUUAAAGAGUUAUGUUUUUCUACUUGCAGUACGUACGGGGAUUAUAGUUGUCACGUCAAUAGUACUUUCGAUACCCUGAUAUCCUCAAUAAGCAAACGCUUAGUUGAGAUGAAUAUAACGUAUAAUUUCUACGGUUGCGGCCCAAUGUCUGCAGCUUUGUACUAGCCAUGUUGAUGUUCG